CAACGUUUUCCUAAAGCAAAACAAAUGUUAACAAAUGUGAGUUCCAAAAUGCACAAACCUAUGCCCGCCCGCCAGCAACAGCAACAACUACGGCAACACCACCAACAGCAACAGCAGCAGCAGCAACAACAACAACAGCUUCACAUACCACAAUAUCUACAGAUAUUAGAAGCCAAACUCAAAGCCAUUGUGUAAGCCAAAAAGAAAAAAAAAAGCAUAGGCCAUAAGCCCAAGACGCAGACACAACUACAGCAACAGCAGCAACAACAACAACAGCAGCACAAAGUGGCGAAAGGUGCACCCACCAGCAACAUACAGCAGCAACAGCCUUUGCAAUCGUUAGUUCGUUGGUUUUUCUUAGUGUUUGUGUAUAUAUAUUUCUUUUUUUGGCAUUUUGGCAUGCGUUGAGCUCGAGCUAUCACUCCCUCUCACUCUAUAUCUCUCUGUGUCUCUCUCGCUCUGUCUGUCUCUUUGACUCCUGGCUCCAGUUGGGACACGUGAUAAGUGCAAUCUUGUGUGAUUCGUGAUCGUGUGCCAUAGAUCCCAGCUCAAUCCUUUUCGAUUAGUGCCAAAAAAAAAGAAACAACAAACAAACAUCAAAAAGUCCUUCAACAAACCAACGAACUUUACCUGUAGGAAUUGCAGCUGUUAAGCCAAAAUGUAAGUAAAUUUGGGCUGAAAUUACAACGAAAGAGGAAGUCAAAAGUGGAGCGUGGAGUUUGUGUAUGUUGCAAGUUCCUUAGUGCCAUAAAACUACGAUAUUGAAAGAGCAGCAACAGCAACACAAAACCUAACAAUAGCAGCAGAAACAGCAACAGCAACAGCAACAAGAUCCAAGUGCCUUCGAAAACCAUUUAAGUGAUAUUAUUAUGUUUAUACUCAGAACAACAAACUUGCCACCACCACCACCACCAACACCACAAAUAACAACAAAUACAACAACACGAAGAACAACAACAAAUAUCAUCAACUUCAUUUCCAUAACAAACUGAACGAGUGCAAUCCAGAAUCAAGUUCAAAUUAGUUCAUUAAGCCAGACGCAAGCGAAAUAAGAGAAAUCGCCUUUUCUAUAUAAUUCUUUUAUAUAUAUAAUAUGUCCACAUCCACCGCCACAACGAGUGUCAUCACGUCCAACGAACUCUCGUUGUCCGCCCACGGACACGCCCACACAUUGCAUCAACAUCCACACAGUCGUAUUGGUGGCGGAGUCGGAGUGGGUGUCGGUGUUGGAGUCGGAGUCGGCGUUGGAGUCGGAGUUGUUGGUCACUUAAGUGACGCCUCACUCUCGCCCAUACAGCAAGGCGGUGCCAAUAUUGUGGCAACCAGCAGCAAUAGUUCACCACUGGCGGCCAACGGUGUUCCUUUGUUAACCACCAUGCAUCGUUCUCCGGAUAGCCCGCAACCAGAGCUGGCCACAAUGACAAAUGUGAAUGUCCUGGACUUGCAUACAGAUUCAUCCAAACUCUAUGACAAAGAGGCUGUUUUCAUAUAUGAAACACCGAAAGUGGUAAUGCCAGCGGAUGGAGGAGGCGGUGGUGGUCCAGAUGAUGUUAUAGAUGCUAGAAUUGCAGCCCAGCUCAGUUCACAGCAACAGCAGCAGCAGCAGCAACAACAGCAACAGCAGCAGCAGCAGCAGCAACAACAACAGCAGCAACAGGCAGAUAAUCAACCACUGGCCCGCAUCGAAUUCGAUGAGAAUCAAAUUAUUCGCGUUGUGGGACCUAAUGGCGAACAGCAGCAGAUUAUUUCACGUGAGAUUAUCAAUGGAGAGCAUCACAUCCUGUCGAGGAAUGAGGCUGGCGAGCAUAUACUCACUCGCAUUGUCAACGAUCCGACGAAACUGAUGCCCAAUGACAAUGCUGUCGCCAUUGCCAUGUACAAUCAAGCCCAGAAGCUGAAUAACGAUCAUCAUCAGGCUGUCUAUCAGACGUCUCCCCUGCCCUUGGAUGCAUCUGUUCUGCACUAUAGCAACGAUAAUAAUGUGAUCAAGACUGAGGCCGAUAUCUAUGAGGAUCAUAAGAAGCAUGCGGCAGCAGCAGCGGCGGCAGCCAGUGCCGCUGGCUCCAUAAUCUAUACCACCUCCGAUCCGAAUGGUGGGGUCAAUGUCAACGUUAAGCAAUUGCCACAUCUCGCUGUGCCACAGAAGCUCGAUCCGGAUCUGUAUCAGACGGACAAACAUAUCGAUUUGAUCUACAAUGAUGGAAGCAAAACAGUGAUCUACUCGACCACAGAUCAAAAGGGACUGGAGAUCUAUUCGGGCGGUGAUAUUGAUAGUCUGGUCUCUGAUGGUCAAGUUGUGGUCCAAGCGGGUCUGCCAUAUGCCCCAACCACAAGUGCCACCGGCCAACCAGUAUAUAUAGUGUCUGAUGGCGCAUUGCCAGCGGGAGUCGAAGAGCAUUUACAAAGCAAUACCAAUAGCUCGGGCAAACUGAAUGGCCAGACCACACCUAUCGAUGUCUCUGGCCUAUCGCAAAAUGAAAUUCAAGGCUUUCUGCUUGGUUCACACCCCUCAUCAUCAUCAUCAUCGGCUGCCACCACAACUGGUGUUGUCUCCACCACAACAAUCUCGCAUCAUCAGCAACAGCAACAGCAACAGCAACAGCAGCAACAUCAGCAACAUCCCGGCGAUAUUGUCAGUGCCGCAGGCGUGGGGAGCGCAGGCUCAAUUGUCUCAACGGCCGUACAGCAGCAACAGCAACAGCAGCAGCAACAGCAACAACAGCUAAUUAGCAUCAAACGAGAACCCGAAGACUUGCGCAAGGAUCCCAAGAAUGCAGCCAAUGGUGGAGCAGGCCAAGCGGGUUCGGUCAUAACGCAGAAGAUUUUGCAAGUCGAUGUGGACGCCACAACAGAAGCGGAGUUAGAGUCAGAGUCAGAUUCAAUUCAUUCACCACCAACUAGUCCCCACACAGAGACAGCCACGACUGAUCUAGAACUAGCGAUGUAUGCUACCACGGGCGGCACACAGAUUUACCUACAGACCUCACAUCCGACAACAACAAGCAACAGCUCAGCAGCCUCAGUAGCAGCAGCGGCGGCAGCAGCAGCAGCAGCACAGAGCUCAUUGCAACCACAGAGUCCCAGUCCGGGACCAUAUAUCACAGCCGAUAAUUAUGGCAUGUAUACGGCAACAAGAUUACCACCCGGUCCCCCGCCCACAACCAGUACCACAUUCAUAGCUGCAGAGCCCUAUUACAGGGAAUAUUUUGCACCCGAUGGCCAGGGUGGCUAUACGCGCAGUUUGUAUGGGGAGGAUGUUAGCGUAUCAUCCCAACCGGGAGGCGUUUUAACCUAUGAGGGACGCUUUAGUAGCAAUACCGCCCCAUUAACUACAACCACAGUGCUGACCAGCACUCAUCAUCAUAAUCCGCAUCAACACCAGCAGCAGCAGCAGCAGCAACAUCCACAGCAGCAGCAACAACAACAGCAGCAGCAGCAACAACAAUCGGAUCCAGGCAAAAGUACUCCAAUCUAUGCCAAGGCCAUUACAGCUGCUGGACUCACAGUGGAUUUACCGAGUCCUGACUCUGGCAUAGGUACAGAUCAUGCCAUAACGCCGCGGGAUCAGACCAACAUUCAACAGUCAUUCGACUACACGGAAUUAUGCCAGCCGGGCACCUUGAUCGAUGCCAAUGGCAGCAUUCCCGUUUCGGUCAAUAGCCUUCAACAGCAGCAGCAACGAACUGUGGUCCAUGGCAGCCAAAAUAGUCCAACCACCUCCCUGGUAGACACAAGCACAAAUGGCUCAACGCGCUCAAGGCCCUGGCAUGAUUUUGGACGACAAAAUGAUGCCGAUAAAAUACAAAUACCAAAAAUCUUCACAAAUGUGGGCUUCCGUUAUCAUUUGGAGAGUCCGAUUAGCUCAUCGCAGAGGCGCGAGGAUGAUCGCAUUACCUAUAUCAAUAAGGGUCAGUUCUAUGGCAUUACAUUGGAAUAUGUGCACGAUGUCGACAAACCCAUUAAGAAUACAACAGUAAAGAGUGUGAUCAUGCUAAUGUUUCGCGAGGAGAAGAGUCCCGAAGAUGAGAUAAAGGCCUGGCAAUUCUGGCACAGUCGUCAGCAUUCGGUGAAGCAAAGAAUCUUGGAUGCAGAUACAAAGAACUCAGUUGGCCUCGUUGGUUGCAUCGAGGAAGUGUCACACAAUGCCAUUGCCGUUUAUUGGAAUCCAUUGGAGAGCUCUGCCAAAAUCAACAUUGCAGUGCAAUGCCUGAGUACGGAUUUUAGCAGUCAAAAAGGUGUUAAGGGUCUGCCGUUGCACGUACAAAUCGAUACGUUCGAGGACCCCAGAGAUGCCACAGUCUUUCAUCGUGGCUACUGUCAGAUAAAGGUCUUCUGCGAUAAGGGCGCCGAGCGCAAGACACGCGAUGAGGAGAGACGUGCAGCCAAACGGAAGAUGACAGCCACCGGGCGGAAGAAACUGGACGAGCUCUAUCACCCGGUUACAGAUCGAUCCGAGUUCUAUGGCAUGCAGGAUCUUGCCAAGCCGCCGGUACUCUUCUCACCCGCCGAGGAUAUGGAGAAGGUAGGUGUAGGUGGUCAACGCCAGCCCCCACUACCCAUGGGCGGCUACAAUUCGAAUUCGAACUGCAACUCGAACUCGCAUUCGCCCUUGCAGAGCUUCUAUGGCCAUGAGACUGACUCGCCGGACCUGAAGGGGGCAUCACCAUUCCUGCUGCACGGCCAGAAGGUUGCCACACCAACGCUCAAAUUCCACAAUCAUUUUCCGCCCGACAUGCAGACUGACAAAAAGGAUCACAUAUUGGAUCAGACGAUGUUGACCAGCGCACCACCGAUGAGUGAUUUUGGUCCGCCCAUGAAGCGAGGACGCAUGACACCACCCACAUCGGAGAGGGUAAUGCUAUAUGUGCGGCAGGAGAAUGAGGAGGUCUAUACACCGCUCCAUGUGGUGCCACCCACAACAAUUGGCCUGCUGAAUGCGAUUGAAAACAAAUACAAAAUCUCAACAACGAGCAUAAAUAACAUUUAUCGCACAAAUAAAAAGGGGAUUACGGCGAAAAUUGAUGAUGAUAUGAUAUCCUUCUAUUGCAAUGAGGAUAUCUUUUUGCUAGAAGUCCAACAGAUUGAGGAUGAUCUGUACGAUGUGACGCUGACAGAGCUGCCCAAUCAAUAGGCGAAAGGGCAAAACAGACAGACAAAACACAGAAUAAUCGAGAACCAAGCAAGCACAAAAUCUAUGGACACAAUUUUCGCUAAGUGAAGUUGUUUCAAUAAGCCAUUUUCAAUUAGUUGUUAAGUUUUUAUUUUAAUUGAAAUUGAACAACAAGCAGAAGGCAUAAGAUUAUAUUUAAAAAAAGAAAAAAAACAACAACAAUUUUUAUGCAUAUAUUAAACACGUUUUUGUUUAGUAAUUUAGCUACAAUGAGAUUACAUAAAUUGAAAUUGUUUGAUCAAA